AUGGCUGCCACCGCCGCCACCGCCGCCUCCGCCGCCGCGCUCGGCGCUUUACUCAGCUCAGCGGUGUCAAGUUCAACUCAAUCCUCUCUCCGAUUGGGCCGAGCCAUCCACGCCAAGGUCAUCCGAACUCAGCGAAAAAUCUCUCCUUUCCUUGUUAACCACCUGAUUAAUAUGUACUCAAAACUUAAUCAGCUUGACUCAGCCGAAAUCCUCCUCCUCCGGCUUACCCCUUCUGCUUCCCGCUCCGUCGUCACCUGGACCUCCUUAAUCUCGGGAUGCGUCCAAAACGGCCAUCUCAUCGCCGCUCUCCGCCACUUCUCCGAUAUGCGCCGCCGCGAUAAUGUCCUCCCCAAUGACUUCACUUUCCCCUGCCUCUUUAAAGCUGCCGCUUCUCUCAAUGCCGCAUUCCUUGGCCGGCAGCUUCACGGUUCAGCGGUCAAGCUGAAUUUCGACGGUGAUGUUUAUGUUGCUUCCAGUGCUCUGGAUAUGUACUUCAAGACUGACUUGCACAAAGAUGCGUAUGACUUGUUUGAUCAAAUGCCUCACAGAAAUAUCGCAACUUGGAAUGCUUUGAUUUGUAAUGCAGUGCUAAAUGGUCAUGUCUACGAGGCUGUUGGGAGGUUUGUUGAGCUUCUACGCGGUGGAAGAAGUGGAGAGGGGGAUCCAUUGCGGCCAAUUGUGGUUCCGGACUCUGUUACUUUCUGUGCAUUGCUGAAUGCUUGUGCAGACUGCUUAAAUUUAAAGCUAGGACAGCAGCUUCAUUCGUUUAUGAUUCGAUAUGGUUACGAUGGGGAGGUUGCUGUAUCGAUUGGGUUGAUUGACUUUUAUGGUAAGUGCAAGGAAGUUAAGCUUGCCAAGAUGAUUUUUGAUGGGAUAAACGAAAAGAAUAGUGUGUCUUGGGGUUCCAUGGUGGCUGUUUACAAGCAGAACGACAUGGAGGAGAAGGCGUGGGAACUUUUUCAUGGAGUCAUGAAAGGGAACGUUGGAGUAACUGAUUUUCUCAUUUCAAGUGUUCUUAGCGCUUGUGCAGGGCUGGCGGUGAUCGAGUUUGGAAGAAUGGCUCAUGGUGUGGCCAUGAAGGCGGCGUUUGUGGAAAAGAAUGUUGUAGUCGGGAGUGCAUUGGUGGACAUGUAUGCUAAAUGUGGGAGCAUAGAGGACUGUGAGCGAGCAUUUUAUGACAUGAAAGAAAGGAAUUUGUUUGUGUGGAAUGCGUUGAUUGGAGGGUAUGCCCAUCAAGGGUAUGCCGAUACGGCGUUGCUGUUGUUUGAGAGGAUGAUGACUGGGGUUAAUAAGAAAAAGGAGAAUGUGAUGAAUAUGUUAAUGCCUAAUCAUGUGACACUUGUCUGCGUGUUGACAGCAUGCAGCCGGGGUGGGAAAGUGGACGUGGGGAUGGACAUAUUUGAGUCGAUGAACAAAGGUAAAUAUGGAUUUGAACCAGGGGUAGAGCACUAUGCUUGUGUUGUGGACAUGUUGGGGAGAGCCGGGUUGGUUGAUCGUGCUUAUGAGUUUAUUAAGAAUAUGCCAAUUUGUCCGACCAUAUCGAUUUGGGGAGCGCUUUUAGGUGCUUGUAAAGUUUAUAAGCGACCUGAUCUGGGAAGGAUUGCGGCUGAAAGUUUGUUUGAACUUGAUCCUGCAGACUUUGGCAAUCACAUUUUACUGUCAAAUACCUUAGCAGCUGCAGAAAGGUGGGAAGAGGCGACAUGUGCGAGGAAGGCACUGAUGAAGGGUAUAGGUCACAACAAGAAGGGGACUGGAUAUAGUUGGAUCUAUGCAAAGAACUCAAUACAUGUGUUCCGAGCAAAGGAUACAUCUCAUGAGUGUUAUCAUGAGAUUCAUGCAAUUCUGGACAAGUUAAGGAGAGAUAUGAAAGCGGCCGGUUAUGUUCCUAAUACAGAAGUUGCGCUUUAUGAUUUAGAAGCGGAAGAAAAAGAAUCAGAAAUCGGUUACCACAGUGAAAAGAUUGCGCUCGCAUUUGGGCUCAUUACCCUUCCUCCUCAACUUCCCAUUAGGAUAAACAAAAACUUAAGGGUUUGUGUUGAUUGUCACAGUGCUAUGAAGUUCAUAUCGGGGAUCAUUGGCAGAGAAAUUAUAGUGAGGGAUAACAGCCAGUUUCAUCGUUUCAAGGACAAUAACUGCUCUUGUGGUGAUUACUGGUGA